ACGCAAAUGCCGAAAUCCCUAUGCGAAAUCCCUAAUUCCUUUAACCACGCAAAUGCCAACUGGACUUCCUCUCUUCCUCAGUUCCUCCCAUUUUCUCUUUCUAGUUUCUACUCUGCAAAUUCAGCUAAAUCCCUAAUUUGUGAACUUAGAAGUUAGAUCAUGUCAACUUCGUCUGGGAAAAAAAAGAGAAAAAAUGCAUUUGGAAGUAGAACUGAUCCGGGUUGGGAGCAUGGAACUGAGGUAGAUAGUGACUCUAGGAAAGUGAAGUGUAAAUAUUGUCAGGUUGUGCGUGCUGGUGGCAUCUUUAGGCUAAAACAUCACCUUGCCGGUACUAGGAAUAAUGUAGAACCUUGCUUGCAAGCUCCAGAUGAUGUUAAACAACAAUUUCUAACCUUAUUGAGGGCUAAUGAAGAGGAGUCAGUUAAAAAAAACGGAAAUUCAAUGACAUUGGUGAGGAAGAAGAUGCUUAUGAUGUUUCUCGACCAUAUGCUUGUAGUCAAAGGGGGAAGGGGAGCAUGGAUCGUUUUGUAACUAAGAAGACAUCUAUGCAGACAACUCUUAAUCAAAAGUAUAAAAGGGAAGAGAGAGAGGAAGUGUGCCAACAAAUAGCCCGUUUCUUUUAUACUAGUGCCAUUCCUUUUAAUGCAGUCAAUAAUCCUGAAUUUGUGAUUAUGGUUCAAAAAAUUGCUAAGUUUGGCAUAGGACUUAAACCACCAAGUUACCAUGAAAUAAGAGUGAAAUAUUUGAAUAAAGAAGUGAGUAAUGUGAUGGAUAUGCUUGAGGAGUAUAGGGAAGAAUGGAAAAAAACAGGUUGUACAAUUAUGUCGGAUGGUUGGAGUGAUAGGCAGAGGCGAUCUAUUUGUAACUUCUUGGUGAAUAGCCCUAAGGGAACUGUUUUCUUGUCAUCUAUUGACACAUCAGAGAUCUCAAAGACUAGUGAUAAGGUCCUUGAGAUGCUGGAUGCAGUAGUACAGAAGGUUGGUGAAGAAAAUGUAGUGCAAAUUGUCACUGACAAUGCUGCAAACUACAAGGCUACUGGAGAGAAAUUGAUGGAGAAAAGGGGCAGGUUAUUUUGGACACCAUGUGCAGCCCAUUGUAUCGAUUUGAUGUUAGAGGAUUUGGAUAAGAAGAUUAAAAUUCAUGGUGAGACAAUUUUGAAGGCGAGAAAGGUAACAACUUACAUAUACUCUAGAACACUACUACAUACAUGGAUGAAAGAAUUUACUAAAGGGAGAGAACUAAUUAGACCUGCUGUCACCCGAUUUGCUACUUCAUACCUAACUUUGAGGAGUCUAAAUGAGCAAAAGGGUCCACUGUUGGCAUUGUUUGCAUCCAACAAGUGGAAAAACAGCAAGUUUGUGAAUUCUGUUGAAGGAAAAAAAGUGCAGAGGAUUAUUCUAGAUACUCAAGGGUUCUGGAAAAGUGUGACCACAUGUUUGAAAGCAGCUUUGCCCAUUGUUAAAGUUCUUCGUAUGGUAGAUUCAGAUGAGAAACCUGCAAUGGGGUUCAUUUACCAAGCUAUGACACAAGCAAAAGAUCGAAUCAAAGAAAACUUCAACAAUGUUGAAAGAAACUAUAAACCUAUAUGUGAUAUUGUUGAUGAGCGUUGGGAGGCUCAAAUGCACAGACCACUACAUGCUGCCGCAUACUUUCUCAAUCCCCAAUUCCAGUAUAGUCCAAACUUUAAUGCUAAUGCAGACAUUAAGAUUGGGUUGUACACUUGUUUGCAAAGAAUGGUCGUUGACCCCAAUGACCGAAUGCUUAUUGAUUUACAAAUGGAUGCUUUCAAGAAUGCUAGGGGGCUUGGUUGCCUACUGCAGUGAUGACUAGAAAUAAAAAGAGUCCAGCUGAUUGGUGGGAUUCCUAUAGGGAUGAAUGUCCCGAACUUAAGAAGUUUGCCAUGAGAAUUCUAAGUCUAACUUGUAGCUCCUCUGGUUGUGAACGUAAUUGGAGUGCAUUUGAGAUGGUUCAUACUAAGAAAUGGAAUCGUUUGCAUCAAAAAAAAGAUGAAUGAUUUGGUUUUUGUUAUGUAUAAUCUGAGAUUGAAGAAGAAACAACAACAACAACCUGUGAUUCAAGAGACAAUUGUUCUUGAUGAUCUACCAUCUGAUGAUGAGUGGAUAACUGAGAGAGAUGAACCUCUCCUUCCGCAUGAUGAGACAUGGUUGAACGUCCUUGAUAGAGCCGCUAGAAGAUAUGCUCGAGAGGAAGCACAAAGAGAGAAUGAAAGGGGUGAUCAAGCCGACAACAUUGAAAUUCACGAGUUGAGCGAUGGCGAAAUUGAUGGUCAAGUUACUCCAACGGCUCAUGGUUCAAAUGAUAUUGAGGAUGGGGAUUUGGACAUGACAUUUGGUGAUGAUGAUAUUGGUGAUGAGGAACAAAAUACUACCCAAUAUCAAAUGAGAACAAGAAGCUCAGGUGCUAAUAUCGUAAACGAUGGUGUAGAUGAUGCAAACUUUGGUUAUGAUGAUUGAUUAACAUAUUUGUAUUCUAAUUUGCAAUAACUUUUAUUAAGAUGUCUUUGUAUUGUUGGUUUGUAAUUUGUAUUAUUAACAUUUUCAAUAUUUGUUUUUUUCUGGACGAUUGUUGUUGUAUGUUUGGAUCUUUUUAUUAUGCAAUAUCAACUAUUAUCGAUAAAUGAUAAGUUUUUUAGCAUUA